GGAAAGCCCACUGACCAAUCGAGCUAUAUAGUCGCACGCACUCCCUCGCCUUUCCUGGCAUGUCCUUCGCCCUCGCCUCCUCCUUCUCAUCCCAUCGUCCCCCCUCUGCUCACCGGCCUCGACGAUGACUCCCAGCCAUAGUCUCGACAGCAUACCACAGGAGGUGCUUGAGCAUAUCGCGUACUUCACCGCCACCGUCAGCUUCCUCGGUCCGCCCUCCGCGCUCGUCCCGCUUCUCUCCACGAAUCGCCGCAUCUAUGCCGCCCUUGCUCUCGACAGAAACCCGCACAUCUGGGCACGCAUAUUCGCGUACAAGUUUGACCUAGCUGCCGCAGUGCGCCGCCUCGGUCCUGCGCGCACCACCCCUCUUGCGAUCGCAGAAGAGCUCAAGAAGCGAUGUAUGGUCUUGCGUCGGGUACGGGCCAAGACGGAUACAUUGGCACCGAUAUGGGAGCUCAGCUCGGGACACGCCAGGCACCUCAGUGAACUCUUAUGGACGGCUUACCUCAUGAUGCUAGAGAACGAUGGGAGGAAUGAGCGCCAGCUCAGGGAAUAUGCCCGGAUGGAUAACUGGCUACGGACCUACCUCCUCGACGAGAACGGCGCAUCCCUCGUGCGAUCUACUGCAAAGCGGGACCAAUGGCCGGUAGGGAAUGACGAACGAGUAUCGUUAGCAAUGUGGUUGUUCUGGAUGCUCCUUAGACCUGAGGAAUACAUGAUGGACGAGGCAGCCUUCCAAAGCGCCAACUGCGUCCUGAAGCUCUUUGCGCUCGGUGCGCACCACUACAGCCUCUGCACCCCAUCCUGGAUCGACUUCCACCCACCGCUCAACCCCAAGGCCGGCUCGCUGCUGACGCACUUCGGCAUGCCGCUGCGCCUCGCACACCCAGCGCCCGCCUCGCCCGCCAUCCUCGCGUACCUCACGCUCGUGAACCAGCUCAGCGUCGCCUGGGACACGAUCAGCUACAUGAAGCCGCCCGACCCGACGCUCCCCGCCGUCGUCGGCGCGUGCAGCACCGAGUGGGAGGCGGAGUGGUCGCGCGCGCUCGCGGGCGUCGCCACCCCGGGCGCCCAGGAGCGCGUGUUCGUGCCCGGGAGUCUCGACGGCUACUGGGAGGGCUUGUUCACGUACACGGAGUUCACGGCGUACGCUGCGCUCCUCUCCGGCGCGUCCCCCGCCGUCCUCGAGCGCAGCCUUGUCGCACAACAUCCGCAGCUGUGGAAGCUCCGCGAGCACCAUCUGUACUAUUCCGCGGACGAGGACGAGGAUGACUCUGCGGGCGCGGACCCGCUCGUGCCGGGGAGCCCGCUGCUGGCGUACAUGCCCAUGGGCGCGCAGGUGCAGGAGGGCCCGAACGGGCUGGAGGUGCGUGCCCCCGGAUGCACACCGGUCGUGUACGAGACGUGGUCGCGCGUCCCGGAGAAGCAGCGGGGAAAGCGGAGGCUGCGCGAUGUUAUACUCACUGGCGAGGGACACUCGGCGUGGGGACAGUUUAGUCUGCUGGGCCGGGUACGCCCGUGCGAUGGACAUCUGUGUCUGUCGAAGGACUAUGUGGAUGGGGACCGCGGGCGCUGGCUCUACAGAGCAUACCUCAUCGGCAACGAACAUGGCAACUUGAGCGGGCGAUGGCGCGACACGCUCAGCCCGCCGGAGGUGCUGGGGUACGAGGGUUGUUUCAUGAUGAGCCGGCGACGGUGAGGUCCCGCUCAACUAUUGCCCGACCAUGACUUGUUGUUUCGCCGUUGAUCUUAGUUUUCUUGGCCCAUUCUUGCCUU